CACACAGAAAGAUGUGCAACAUGCUCAGAGGAACGCUUGUGGAGUAGCAGUGUUUCUGCUUUAUUUUGACAUGAACAUUUUCUUUCUGAGUGCAGUACUGCAGAUUGGCAGGACAGUCUUCUGGUAUAUAGAGGUGUCGUUAAUUGUCAGUGCUAGUAUUCAGUAUUGUCUCCGAUGUGUUCAAAUGCCUCUCGUACUAUGUCUUCAACAACAAACUUGGAAGUCACUCAGAUACAGAAGCGACUCCUUGGGGUCAAGGACAAUGCGCCAUCUGACAAGAUGACAGACUUACAGUCCCUGUCAGUGUACCUAAAGGAGCAAGAUGAGAAAGGCUACAAGGCAGCUCUCGGUUGCCAGGACAUGUCGCUGAACAGUUCAUCAUUCUGGAGUUACGGCCGUCCAAGCCUGGACCUGAGCCACGUGUUCCGUAAUAACCAGUACAAGCUCGCCAGUCAAUCCCAACGGAGCCAUAAGUCGCGGACGGAUGAUAGCGAUAAUUUGGGAGAAGAGGUCUGGAGGCCUCUGGGAGUGACAGAUGACGACCUGUUCCUCUGGAUUGAGCGCCUCAGAAAGAGUUGGGAAGUGAUGGGUGUGUCAGCGAGUUCUUGUGGAAUCGAGGUGGUGGUGGGGGCCAGUAUGGGAAACCAUGGAGCGAACAUUUGCCCACAGAUACUCAGUUUGUGAUGCACAUGUUCUGCACAUACCUGGCUUCCCCGGGCCUAAGGUACCCCAAUGGCCACUUCCUCAAGACUCCAGAUAAACCUAACCUGGAGAAGGAAAACUUACUUCUAUACCAGACCAGCAUUAACCCACCACAUUUCCAAGUGGUCAUUAGAGACACUGUGUUCAAUCUGCCCAAGAUACACUGUGUUGUGUGUGGAUAAGAAAUGCAGAGUGGUACCACCAGUCACCUUAGCCACCAUUCCCCUCACAGACAAAAGGCUCCUUCGGACAAUCCCUGCAGUCUACAUAAAGCUUUCAAUUGUAGCCCUACGAACUUCAGGUAAAGAACGCAUGGAUGAUUUCCUGGAUAUGGACAAGACCCACUCCCUGCAGGGAUUCAGCAGAAUAGAGCAGUAUUGAAAAACAAGAACAAAACUUUUUUAUGAACACAAAAAACCUUUGUUAGAAUAACAGAGGAAAAAAGCAGCAAUGACGAUAAACUGAAGUGAUUGGAGUUUCACCACGAUAUGAUACCAUAUACAGUCAUCAAGUCGGUCGGUCUUGCAGGUGGUCUGUGCAAAAGUGCAAAAAGUUUGUGCGCAAACCAAACUACUUAGACUUAAGUUUUCAAGAUUCUGUCUUUGAACUUUAAACAUAUGUUUGCAUGAAGUGAAGAUGUAUUUGACAUAUUUAUGAUAUGGAUCAGUCCAAUAUUUGAUAGAGCGGGGAAAGGAUUCUUAAAAAUCUUGUGAUGCAAACAAGUAAUCAUUUUCAAGACAAUAAUGAAUUAUAAAUAUUUAAAAGAUACAUACUGUGGAAGAACUUUUUAUACAUACUUAUUUACAUUAGUUAAUAAAAAUCUGGACUCAGUUUGAUCUGUACCUAGCAAGCAAUAAUAUGCAAAAAAAGUAACUUUAUUAUUCAUAUGAAUUUAGUCUGAUGACUUGAGUAACAGGUGUGAAAUAAAUAGCACAACAGCCACCUAUUUGUUUGACUGACCACUGUGCACACACUGUUAUAUAUAGCCAUGGGUAUUAAUGUGACCAUUAAAGCUGCACUCUCACAAAUUGACAGUUUUGACCUUUUUUGUGUCAGAAUCUUUAUAAUCAUAUAAUGAUAACACAACUUAGGUCCUUCCAGGAUUAGUGUGUCACUUUGUAUGUAAAUACACGUGCAAGUAUAAAACUGACAGGAAAUUUUGGAUAUUUGCUCAGUAACCACAACAUUAUGUCAUACUUGUUGUAUUCAUCAAAAGCUAAUGUAGCUUUAAAAUUUGUGUACAGUUUUCCACAGUUUGUCAACUGCAUGCUGCAUUGUUGCUACAGUUAUAGUGAAUUUCCAUAAAAUUGAGAUUGAGUUUCAAAGAGACAAAACAUAAAUCAGUCAACAAUUCAUUAAAUGGAGGUUUAUUGCAUUGAUGAGAUAUUGUUGCACCCAAAUCUAGAAUAUUUGAGCCUUAGGCCAUAAUAAUACAAAAACCUUGUCAUAUGUACACAAACAUCAUUCAAUAUAAUUAUUUUAAGAGAUUUGGUAACAUGAGUGCUUAAUUAUAACAUUGUGUCAAAGUUUGUGAAUGUUCGUUUUGGAUGUUCAGUAAAUAUUUCUAGAUCAA